AUGGCUGCAGAGAGCUCAGCAUUAAAACCCCCUUGCAGGCGUUUCCCCAGUGUUUUUCCACAAACCCACCUGGCUUGUUGUCCUGUCCCAUGCAGUGGAGAAUUUGUUCAUCAGUGGAGUUUCCAGGUGCUGCAGCAAGGUUUGGAGUGCAGGGAUUGCUCCUGCAGGGCACAGAGGGUCACAGAGGGUCUGUGCUGCAGCCAGGGUUGGAGUGCAGGGAUUGCUCCUGCAGGGAGCAGAGGGUCACAGAGGGUCUGUGCUGCAGCCAGGGUUAGAGUGCAGGAAUUGCUCCUGCAGGGCACAGAGGGUCACAUCAGGGUCUGUGCUGCAGCCAGGGUUGGAGUGCAGGGAUUGCUCCUGCAGGGCACAGAGGGUCACAUCAGGGUCUGUGCUGCAGCCAGGGUUGGAGUGCAGGGAUUGCUCCUGCAGGGCACAGAGGGGUCACAUCAGGGUCUGUGCUGCAGCCAGGGUUGGAGUGCAGGGAUUGCUCCUGCAGGGAGCAGAGGGUCACAUCAGGGUCUGUGCUGCAGCCAGGGUUGGAGUGCAAGGAUUGCUCCUGCAGGGCACAGAGGGUCACAUCAGGGUCUGUGCUGCAGCCAGGGUUGGAGUGCAGGGAUUGCUCCUGCAGGGAGCAGAGGGUCACAUCAGGGUCUGUGCUGCAGCCAGGGUUGGAGUGCAGGGAUUGCUCCUGCAGGGCACAGAGGGUCACAGAGGGUCUGUGCUGCAGCCAGGGUUGGAGUGCAGGGAUUGCUCCUGCAGGGAGCAGAGGGUCACAUCAGGGUCUGUGCUGCAGCCACCUGGGACAUCCCUGGUGUCCCUCUGGGAGGAGCUGUGGCAGGGCUCAGAGCUGCUGUCAGACACCUCCAACAGCAGCACAGCACAGUGCAGCACUCCCAUCUCCCCCACAAAGGGGAUUUUUGGGGUGGCCAAGAGCAGGGUGAGGUCAGUGGUGCUGUACUCAUGGUACAGCUAGGGCGGGUUGCGACCACAGAAAUUCGCGUAAUGUGCAAAAGGCAGCUUGGAAAAGAAAAAAUAAAUAAAAAAUUCUUUUGUUUCUUUGGGUAGGGAAGUGGUUGGAGACUGGCACAGGUUUGUUGAGGUGUGGCCCCAGAGGAGCACAGGGUCCCUGGCUCUGC